CACGUGGGUAUAUUACGACGUCGUCUCUUCGUUGGAAAAAUAUUAAAUCGGGUUGGUGGAUCCAAUCCACCCGAGACAAUGGUGGGCUGGUGCUGAGUCAUUUUCUUCCACCGACCGUUUCUGCUUCUUUCACAUUGACCUUCUUCCGUCCUCACGUCUUCACUCAAAAUAAAAAUUCUCUCUUUUCUGUUUUUUAUAUCAAACCCCCCAAAAAUAAACCAAUCCCCAUUUCCAUUUUAAUCAAAAAAAAAAAAAAAAACAGAUUUUCAAAAGUCUGAGUUAUCAUCACCGACUCAACCAUUCACUCACUGACUUCACUUCAUCACUUGCUGACUCGCUCCUAAACCAACAAUGGACCGAGAUUCAUCGGACGAAGACGACGAUCACCAAACCUUAAUCCACCAAAACGACACCAAAAACCUCCCACACCGAAUCCCCAUCAGCCCACGCGCUUCCACCAGCCCAAGAUCCAGUUUCCACAUGGAAGAGCUCGAAUCUCAAAUACGACAACGUGUCAAGCUCACCUUCAACAAGCGAUACCUCUUCGUCAUUAUCCUCCCUCUCCUCAUCAUCCCGAUCUACUUCUCCACCGACAUUCGCUCACUCUUCUCUUCCAACAUCUCCUCCCUUAAAUUCAAUACGGUGGCGGAUCGAAUCGAGGAAUCCCAACUCCAAGCUCUUUACUUGUUAAAUCAACAGCAAAGUUCCCUUCUUUCUCUUUGGAAUCACACUUUCGUUUACUCUAAUAACAACAUCACUGCCGUCCAAUUUGACGACAUCAAAGCCUCAUUACUCAAUCAGAUCACCUUAAACAAACACAUCCAGCAAAUCCUCUUAUCCCCUCACAAAACCGGAAACACCCUUCAAAACGCCACCGUUUUGGACCCCAACUUUGCCGGUUACAGUUUCGACCGUUGCAGGAAAGUUGACCAGAAAUUCUCUGAAAGAAGAACAAUCGAAUGGAAACCCAAACCCAACAAAUUCUUGUUCGCGAUUUGCUUGUCCGGUCAAAUGAGUAAUCAUUUGAUUUGUUUGGAAAAACACAUGUUUUUCGCGGCGAUUUUGAAUCGGGCAUUGGUGAUCCCGAGUUUGAGAUUCGAUUUUCAGUACAAUCGAGUUCUGGAUAUCGAGCACAUUAACGAUUGUAUUGGGAAAAAAGCUGUUAUCCCAUUCGAAGACUUUAUGGAAAUCAAGAAGAAUCACGCUCACGUUGAUAGAUUCAUUUGCUAUUUUUCGAGCCCGCAGCCGUGUUACAUGGACGAAGAGCAUUUGAAGAAGUUAAAAUCAUUGGGAAUUUCCAUGGGGAAAUUGGGGAAUGCUUGGAAGAAUGAGGAUAUUAAGAAGCCGAGUCAAAAAACGGUUAAAGAUGUGGAAGAGAACUUUAGUUCGGAUGACGAUGUGAUUGCAAUUGGUGACAUUUUUUUUGCGGAUGUGGAGAGAGAUUGGGUGUUACAACCGGGUGGUCCGAUUUCGCAUAAGUGUAAGACCUUGAUCGAGCCGAGUAAGCUUAUCUUGUUGACUGCUGAACGGUUUAUUCAAACGUUUUUGGGGAGUAAUUUUGUCGCUCUUCAUUUUCGGCGACAUGGAUUCUUGAAGUUCUGCAAUGCUAAAAAGCCAAGCUGCUUUUACCCUAUUCCUCAAGCUGCGGAUUGCAUCACUCGAAUGGUUGAAAGGUCCAACUCUCCGGUUAUAUACCUUUCAACAGAUGCAGCAGAAAGUGAAACUGGUUUGCUGCAAUCGAUGGUUGUGCUGAAUGGGAAGACUAUACCACUGGUUAAACGGCCUCCUCGUAAUUCAGCUGAAAAAUGGGAUGCCUUGUUAUACAGACAUGGCCUUCAGGAUGACCCUCAGGUGGAAGCUAUGCUGGAUAAGACCAUCUGUGCUAUGGCGAGUGUGUUCAUCGGAGCCCCAGGUUCAACCUUCACGGAGGACAUUUUACGGCUGCGAAAGGACUGGAGAACUGCAUCUUUAUGUGAUGAGUACUUAUGCCAGGGUGAAGAGCCAAAUUUUAUAGCAGGUGAGGAGUGACGGAAAUGGCAGGCCGUAAAAUCGUUAUAACUUGAAUUCUCGGUUGCUCCUUGCUCCUGAGACAGUCCAUUGCAGAGGAUGGUUGAUUUACUGUUAUUGUAUUAUAGUGUAUUAUAAGAGCAUUUAAUUGAUUACUUAUUGCUUUUGCAACAUUCUUAUACUGAGGUCGAGUGUGUUUUAUGUGAUUCAUUUGUAAAAAUUACUAUCAGUAGUUAAGUAAACAAUUUGUUGGACAUUCUUUGAGACUAAUGAUCAAGGGCAUUCUCGCCCUAUUCUUC